GCGGGCCGGGGCGCGGAGGCAGGAUGCAGAGCCAGCCGAGGGAGCAUCUCUACAAGCUCCUGGUGAUCGGCGACCUGGGUGUGGGCAAGACCAGCAUCAUCAAGCGCUAUGUGCACCAGAACUUCUCCUCCCACUACCGGGCCACCAUCGGGGUGGACUUCGCCUUGAAAGUGCUCCAGUGGGACCCGGAGACCGUGGUGCGCCUGCAGCUCUGGGACAUCGCGGGCCAAGAAAGAUUUGGAAAUAUGACAAGGGUCUAUUACCGAGAAGCCAUGGGAGCAUUUAUAGUCUUCGAUAUCACCAGGCCAGCCACUUUCGAGGCAGUGACAAAGUGGAAAAGUGACUUGGACUCCAAAUUAACUCUCCCUAAUGGCAAACCAGUGUCAGCAGUCCUGUUAGCCAACAAGUGCGACCAGGGGAAAGAUGUGCUCCUCAACAAUGGGCUCAAGAUGGACCAGUUCUGCAAGGAAAACGGCUUUGUGGGAUGGUUUGAAACAUCAGCAAAGGAAAAUAUAAACAUCGACGAAGCCUCCAGGUGCUUGGUGAAGCACAUACUUGCCAGUGAGAGUGACCUGACGCAGUCUGUGGAAACUGACAUCGUAAAACCACAUCUUCCUUCCUCCAAGGUCUCCAGCUGCUCCAGCUGCUCCAAGUCCUAGGCUGGUGAUUUGUGGGAAUCUCUUGAGGGUGAUUCCAUCACUCCAUCAGCUGUGACUGGAUAUUUAUUGUUUCUGUUGAAUGCCAGGAUAGGGAAAUACAUGCUUUCUAAAGCACAAAGAUUUGCCCCUCUGUCCUGCAAGAGAGAAUACCCGAUUGACCCUUUUCAAAAAUCCCCAACUCAGUGUUUACAAGUUUUGAGAAAUCUUUUACAAAAUCUCAACCCCUGCUGGUCAUAACCGUCCAUCAAGUUAGAAGAGGGUCAGGGUCAGAAUCCUUUGGUUCUUUGCCUUUUGUAGACAGGUGAGGGAAAUGCAAGACAGCUGCUGAUCGUCCCAUAGGCAUUGGAAGUGCUGACAGUGCUGUUCAGAGAUAUCCUUCCUCCAAGCAGGAAUAAGGUCUUCUCUGACUUAUUUCUUCAGAAACACACACCAAAUGGCUUAUGGUUACCAGCAACAAAACAUUAAUUAUCUGCCUGUGAGUCCUUCCCCUUCCCUGUCCUCAGUAGUUUGUGUUAAAUGUUGAAAACCAAUGUACACACCUCCCCCUCUAAGUGCCUUUAUACCAGCUGCUUCUAACCAAAGCUGU